GUUGUGCUAGCUUCUGCUUGUCAUAGCUUGUUAGCUGCUAAAUCAUGUAAAUAACAAGCUUAUCGCUAUUUCUCUUUCGACUUGUGGGAAUCCAAAAACUAAUAUUACACACGUAACUGGCGACAUUACAGUGCUACUUUAAACAGGCGGCGUAAUCAUCUAAGUAAGCUACAGAAUGCAAGGUGCAGAAUGAAAUCCUUUAUUAUCAUGAGACAGAAACGCACUGAUGGAUCAUGUCUCUGAUCCUGUUUGCCUUCGUGGUGCGGGUGAGGGAUGGACUCCCUCUGUCCGCCUCCACCGACUUUGAGCACAACCAAGAGCUUCAGGAGAGGAAGCAGCAGCUCAAGACCAUCAGCAAGGCAUUAACCCUCCUCCCAGAAAGAGCCGCAGUCAAGGGGCAAGAGCUCAAUAUAUACAUGGUGUCUUCAGAAGGCGUAUCCUACAUGAGCGUGUGCCACUGCAGCAUUCCCAUCGCAAUGGCCUUCUGCUUUCUGGAAGACCUGCGCUGGGAAUUCACAGCCUGCUACAAUCACAGUGUUGUGUCGCUGGCAGACAGACCAUAUCCAUUUUUGGAAUUUGACUGCACAAUUCAGAAACUGAAGCAACAGUACAACUACAAGGGUGGCCCGGCCCUGCAGGUCACUUUAGCAGAGGUCCAGGAAGACCUGAGGCUCCACCCACCAGAGGUUCUCAACCUGGAAGAUGUUGAGCUUACCAAUGGCUCUGCCAAUGGCCAUGUGGAGCAAUCAGCCACUUCUGGUCAGAGUGUCAAACUGGAACCAGUGACGGCUCCUGGAAUCCUUUCGCUGGUCCUCAACAUCAUGUGUGCGUCAUUGAACAUCAUCCGAGGCGUGCACCUUAUAGAAUACACAUUCCAGGACGACUACGACGGCGUGUGGAAUGUCGUAGCAUUCCUCGUGGCAUUCCUCUGCUGCCUGCUUCAGUGCCACCUGUACGUUUUCCACUCUCGCCUAAAAGCAGCAAAGUCCCUCAGCCUACUGAGUGCCAUCGUUCUAUGCAAUGUCGUCUUGUGCGAGCUAAGGAACACCUGGCUGAUCGUUUUCCACGUUGCCGUGGCCUCGCUAUCCACCGUGCUCAUCCUCCGACGUAAAGUCCAAGACAGGAACCACGACUGCGGGGUGUGACGAAUCAGUCUAUUUUGUAUUGCACUAUGUUUUUUUAUAUCGGGUGCCAUGGGCUAUUUUUUGUAACCUUCCUGGGCGCGCUUUUGAGUGUGUUUAUGGGUUUUGGGACACCUUUAAAUACUUACACAUAGAUAUCGGUCCUCAAAAAGGUGGAAGGAAUACUAAGCCACAAGUAUUAAGAAAAUAAAAGCACUGAUUUGAAGGAUUGAAUCUUAUUUGAAUUUGUCUUAAUAUUAUUAUUUUUUUAAUAUGCUGCAUAUCAGAGUCCAUCGUACAUACUAUAGUCUUAUUAAGAACAAUGUUUCUCUACAUUAGGGUUUUAUAACUAGAACAUACAGUUUUAAUGCUAUUAUGAUUUUUGGUAAAACAUUUUUAACUAAAGGCACAUUUAAUUUAAACGUCUUGAAUAGGUUGAUAUAUUUGACCUAAAUUGUUUUUUAACUGAGCAGUGGCAGCUAUUUUGGGGGGGGGGUAUGAAAAUGCAGUCGUUUUUAGUACAGGGGUUACUUGACUGUAAAUUGCAACAUGUCCGUCCACAUUGUUGACAAAAUAAAGUGUAUGAUGUCAUCAAUGUUUUAUGAAUGAUUGUAAAACAUUAAAAUGUGUUGCAGUUUUCUCCCAAAUGUAUUUUUUCAUUAGGAAGUAAUUUACUAGUAAUCAUACUAAUUGCCAAAAUGUAUUUGCCAUUUCAGGCUUUUCUUUUAUUUAUUUGCUGUGGCUUAAGUGACAUUUCAUCAAUAAAUCAGAUUUUGUUUCUAUUUUCCUCA